GCACUUUGUCAUGCGUUCCUUUUGUUCAAUCUCGACACGGAAUCUAUGGACAGGAAUAUUUUCAAGGGGGCACCGCAAGACCAGAAACGUCAACUUAGUAUCACUUCCAACAUCGUCGGGUCCAACUGACCACAUCGACUUCAGCGAUAAUGAUGUGAAGGGUCAAAUUUGUCCAGAACAGAAGAAAAUUCUUGCUCUUGAAAGCAAAUUAAGUAUUGUUCAGCCCCUAGAUCAUUAUCACUUUCCGCCAGAAUGUACAGCAAUGUCUCCGUCAACAAUACUCAGUGCACAAAGUACCUGCCAACCUCUUUCAAUCUGUUCGUCCUCUGCAGAGGUUCCAACAUCAUCGAGCGCUAUAAAUCUAGAAGACUCGAAGGGCCUUUCAAACUUUGACAAGUUCUCCCAAAGAAAUGGGCACAUGUCUAUUCAGAGAUUGAAACCACUACCUCAUUCAAUGCCGACUCGGAAUUCAUUGACGGCGAUGCCACGACCGAAACGAAUAAUUUUAGUACGGCAUGGUGAAUCAGAGGGUAAUACUCAAGAAAUUCUCUACACUCAGAUACCAGAUUGGAAGAUUGCUCUCAAUCCUCGAGGCUUGCGACAGGCAUGGGACGCAGGGACAAAAAUCAAAGAGAUUGUCAAAGAAGAACCAGUAUACGUGUAUCACAGCCCUUAUCAACGCGCAGUUCAGACUUGUCGGCAGCUGAUUCAAGCUCUAGAUUAUGAGCAGAUUCAAGGCCUGCGCGAGGAACCUCGAAUCGCUGAGCAACAAUUUGGAAACCUGCAGAAUCUCAAUACCAUUCGACAAAAUAAGCAUGAAAGAAGCAAAUUUGGAAGAUUUUUUUAUCGCUUCCCAAAUGGAGAAGCAGGCUUGGACGUGUACAUUAGGGUUUCAGGCUUUAUCGGCACUUUGCGUAGAGAUCAUCUACAGGAGGGCUCAAAUGUGAUUAUCAUCACGCACGGGUUGGCGCUCCGAUUGUUCUUGAUGCGAUGGUUUCAGUGGAGUGUCGAGCAAUUCGAGGCCACACACAACCCGCCAAACUGCGGGAUUGCUGUCAUGGAACGACUCCCCGAAGACGGAAGAUAUCGCCUGACGCAGGAGACACUUGAUGUAAUUCUGAUCGAAGAAGUGUUCACCAAAUAUGACCUUGUCAUUCAGAUGAUUGGCGCAGAAAAUGCUCCAAAGACCAGGUUGUCAACCUGCAUAUUGGCUUUGAGGUACUGA